GCAGGGCGCGGGCGGAGGCGGGCGAGGGGCGGGUUAAAAGCGGCGGCAGGUGAACAGGGAGGGACCUUAAAGCUCCGCGGCGGCAAGACUCGCACUGGCCGCUCCGCAGGCACCGACAGAGCCACGCUGAGCCCCCGCCCGCCCGCCCGCCUGCCUGCCUGCCUGCCUGCGGUGCCGGGUGCCCCGUGUGGGGCGGAUCGCGGCCCGCAGCCGUGGGCGCCGCCGGGGCAGCAGCUCUCCGUGAGCGCGUUAUGUGAAGUACGUACGGCCAGCUAAAACACCAGGCAAAAAAUCAAGGCUCCUGCAAUUACAGGUCACAGGAUUGAAACAAGACAAUGGAUUGGGGAUCUCUGCAUACCAUUUUGGGAGGUGUAAACAAGCACUCCACCAGUAUCGGGAAGAUAUGGCUCACAGUCCUGUUCAUCUUCCGUAUCAUGAUCCUGGUUGUGGCUGCAGAGAGAGUCUGGGGAGAUGAACAAGAUGACUUUGUCUGCAACACACUUCAGCCUGGCUGCAAAAAUGUGUGCUAUGACCACUUUUUCCCCAUCUCUCACAUCAGACUCUGGGCCCUGCAGAUGAUCUUUGUCUCCACACCUGCGCUGCUGGUGGCCAUGCAUGUGGCCUACAGGAGGCACGAGAAGAAACGGCAGUUCAGAAAGGGAGACCAGAAAUGCGAAUACAAGGACAUUGAAGAAAUCAGAAGGCAGAGGUUUCAUAUUGAGGGCUCCUUGUGGUGGACGUACACCGGCAGCAUCUUUUUCAGACUGAUCUUCGAAGCUGUCUUCAUGUAUGCGUUUUAUUUCAUGUACGAUGGGUUCCGAAUGCCUCGCUUGAUGAAGUGUAGCGCUUGGCCCUGCCCCAACACGGUAGACUGCUUUGUCUCUCGACCCACUGAAAAGACAGUGUUUACUAUUUUCAUGAUUGCUGUGUCCAGCAUUUGCAUUCUGUUAAAUGUGGCUGAAUUAUGUUACUUAGUGACAAAGUUUUUCCUCAGAAGGUCUAAAAAAGCUGGAAAUUCAAAACAACAACCCAAUCAUGAGAAUAAGGAAGAAACCAAACAAAAUGAAAUGAAUGAGUUGAUAUCUGAUAGCUGUCAGAACACAGUUAUAGGGUUUUCAAGUAGCUAAGGUGGAGUCAGUGCUGAUGCUCACUCUUUUUGGAGUGAAUGUUUUAUUUAAAGGCUGCAAAUGAAAUUUGUUACAUGAAACAAAGUUGGGUGAGACUUUGAUGUGGUAGUGUCAGGUGUAAAGUAUGUACCUGUCUGGAAAAAGUCAGGGAAGCCUAAAUAUGUGAAAAUUUCGUGAGGAUUAAGUAGGAAAGUACACUUUCCUAUGAGUACCCUUACAAGCUGACUGACAAGUGGGAAUCCCACCACUUACCUUCAUGCUGACACAGCUCCUGAAAACUAAAUACAACAGCAAUAAGAACAAAAUUUCGUUCCAAGCUAGAUAUUCUAGUCUUAAAAGAUGUUUUGUAAUAGUGAUAGUUUUUACUUGUGAACUGACAAUUAAAAUAUUUUUCUAAAAUCUAAGAUUCCAUGUUACUUAAGGUGUUACAGUAUGCAACUGAUUUUGUUUUAACCAGGCAUAUGCAGAUGAACCCUGUAACACCAUAUUCAUACGGAGGAGACAGCAAUAGGCUACAUCUUUACGGCUUUGCAAGUGCUGCUUGAGUCUGGCCAGGUAGUUUGAGAUGCUUGCACGCACACUGCUGGCUGUAGGGGAAGUUGUAUGAAAGUUAGCUAGAUCCUGAAUGCAAAGUCAUGCCUAAAAUCAGUAUGAGAAUAUAGAUACAGCCUAUGUAGACUUGCUUUAAACAUCUAGCAGACCUGGUAAUCUCGCCAAUCUUUUAAUUGCAUACUGCCAGUUUUAUAGCAACUUACAUAACUUUGUGUAGAUGUUUAUUUCUCUAAUGUAUUAGCUGUAUUUGUUUCUUUAUGCUAUAUCACAUCAUGGAACUUUUUUGGUUUUGAUUUGUUCUGCUUUUUUUGUAUUAGACUGAUGGUGCUGUUCUGAGACUAGAGGCUAUCUGGUUUCAAGGACAUGGGAAUGCAUUACUGGAAAAUGGACCGAGUCUUCUGAAUAAAAGGCAAACACUUUAACCUUUCUCAGUGAAA